AUGGCCGCCCAAGCAGAUCCAGACGCAAAUGUUCACGCGGCAGCGCCGCUGGCUGUCGCCAUCGGUCAACCCGAAGAGGCGUCUUCGGAAGCUGACCGCGACCAGAUCGAAACUUUGUUCAUUGACCACAUUUCUGGGAUGGAGGUUCUGGAUCCGAGCCUUGUCCGCGCAACGCACGCGCACCGGGCCCUUCGGCUCCUUGGUCGCCCGCUCCGGGGAGGUCUGCGAACGGUGCCACAAGGUGAGAACCUCUACCGGCAGAGCCGCGUCGCAUCCCACAUACAAGAUUUUUGGUCUCACAGUUGGCAUGGCAACCAGAAGUUCAAGGUCCUCCUACUCAUGCUGCUGUACAACGGGCCUGCAGCUGCAAUUGCAGGAACAGUGGCGAGUUUCCUGCCCCUCCUGGUCCAUGGCUAUCUACCUGCGAUCGAGCAGACGGAGAAGAAUGGUGUCGGAGAUGUCCUGCGAUUCAGCCCUUGGUCGACGGCUUCGGGGGUCUUCGUCUUCACGCUGACCCUUCUCUUCUGGCCAUCUCAGCGUAGCAUCUUCCUGGACCGCAUGUGCAUCAACCAGGUUGAUGUCGGCCUAAAGUUGCAAGGCCUCGUGAGCAUGGCCGGAAUCCUGAAGCAGGCCACCUCAUUGCUGGUGGUGUGGGACGAGACGUACAUGCAAAGAUUGUGGUGUGUCUUGGAGCUUGCGGCUUUCUGGAAGAGCCAUGCGCAACCCGAAACGUGCCUGAGCAUGUGGCCGGUCCUCAUCGGGCCGCUGUUCUUGGCACUUGCAAUCAGCGCCGUCGCCACCCUCCUGCUCUGGAUCCUCACACCUUCCCUGACGCUGUCGGUCGCUGCGGCGGUGUUCUUGGGCCGCUGCCUUGGGUUCUACAUCGCUGGCGCCAUGCUCCGGGAGCACUACCACGCCUUGGACCAGCUCUCAACCCAGCUCGAAACGUUCUCUGUGAGCUCAACGCACUGCAACUGCUGCUCCGUUGGCCAUGUACGCCAGGACGGACGACAGAUCUCAAUUUGUGAUCGCGAGGUGGUGAUGCGUUGCAUGGAGAAAUGGUUUGGCACGCUGUCGCAGUUUGAGCACGAGGUGAAGACAGCCAUCCGGCCUUUGAUCUACCAAAAGCUCGGGAGCUGGCUUCUGCCCUACAGGUGGCUGCUGAUCACCUCGACUCCUCUACUGUGGGGGUUUGUGGACAUGGCAGCAGCCCGCGUUUGGGCGAAUGACUGGCGAGCUGCGUUUGAUCUGGCCUUGUUCGGGAUCGCUUGGUGGCUCUCUGUCUAUCCAGCAGUGAUUGUCUGGACUCUCAUGGCAGCGCGUCGUCUCCGAUUCAAGGUGAAGUAUGCCUGGCUUGACCGUGGGGCCUCGCUGCUGUUAUCGGUGCUGAUGACAAUGGCCACCCUCGCGCUCAACUUGAUGCACAUGACAAUGAGGCUGGCGUUGCCGCCUUUAGUCGCGGGCCCGUCAUUCCUCCUCAUCACCUCCGUGAUGGCUGUCAUCACAUGGCGAGCCUGCGCUACUUCUGAGCUGAGACCACGCAUGAGCGCGUGA